AUGGCAAUGUCUGAGAGCUACAAUCUGGGCAACGCAAUCGUCCACAUGGAAGCCCGUAGAGUGCUCGCUCCGCAAGUCCAACCCCAAGUUGUCGUCGGGAUUCGCUUCACCAGCUUCCGCAUUCCGGCCGACGAUCUCUCCAUCGCGCCGGCGACUUUCCAUCGAUUCCAUCUGGUCCAGAUCCCGUUACCGACAGCUCUCCCAUCGAUCGUCUCCUCCGUGGUAGCCCGCCUCCACGGUGUCCACGGGACGGUCCGGCGGUUCUGCAACGACCGGAUACUCCGCUUCUCCUCCCUGGCCGCGGCGCAGAUGAUGGACGACGGAUCGGCGCUGGAGCUGCUCGUCCACGUCGGCCUGCUACUCGGACAACGUGGGUCGGACGAAGACUUCGACCUCAUGCUUGAAUGGAUGAUGGACAAUCCUCCGGAGGAAGAGGAGGAGAUGGCUGACGCUGUGUUCGAUUAUUACGUCUACGAGGAUGACGACGCCGGCCAUGGUGGAUUUGGCGGUGUGCCGGCGAGCGGGUCUUUUAUUGAGGGGCUGCAGCGUUUCGCGUAUGGUCGAGGAGACGGCGCUCGGGAGGAGCGGUGCAUGAUAUGCUUGGAGGAAUUCGAUGCCCCGGCGGCAGUGAGCAAGACGCCGUGCUCGCACGCCUUCCACAGCCAGUGCAUCAUCCAGUGGCUGGAGAAGAGCCACCUCUGCCCCAUUUGCAGAUACCAGAUGCCCACGGCCAGUUCCAGUUGA